CCCGGAGGCCCCGCCGACCAGCGCGAUUGCUCCCAUGCUUCCUGUUUUGACCUCUGCGCUCCCGACCGCUGGAUGCGAGUCCGCAUGCGCUCGCGGCUUCAGCGCGCGGGCCGAGGGGAUGGCCCACUUGGGUGGUUUCUUUCUUAGGGUCGCAGGUCUUAAGCGUGGAGACUCGUUUGAGAUCCCGAAACCGCGUCUGGCUGGAGACCGUGCUUCUGGCGUUUUCCGGAGGCCUAUGGGGAUGGCGCGCUAGAAAACUAGGGACCCUCGCCCCUGUCUGAGAGGUCAGCUAGGCUUUAGGGAGACUGGGAGGCUGCAAUCUGACGAAAGGAGGCCUGCAGUCACGGACCAGCCUGCCUGCCAGAGACGUCUAUGGAGGACACCCAGCCGGACCCCACCCUGUUCGUCGCUCACUCUCUACCCAGGGACCCUCGGCUCUUGGCCACGGUAACCAACGCGUACCUGGGAACACGUGUGUACCAUGACACGCUGCAUGUGAGCGGCGUGUACAACGGGUCCGGGGGCAGUACACAUCGGGCGGUCCUACCCAGCCCCCUCAACGUGCGUCUGGAAGCCCCCGCAGCGACAGACCAGCUCAUUGAGACCUUUGCGCUGGACACCAACACAGGUAGCAAGGCGUGGUCUGGCCUCUCUCCAAGCAGGGGACCACACAGCCUCCCGGGAUGUGGCUUCUGCUCUUUCCUACACACCCUAGAGGGCCCCAGCUUCCAGGCCUACCAACGCAUCUAUGCGCACCGCACGCUUUCCCACGUCCUGGCCUUCAGGGUGUGCAUUGCACGUGUGACCGCAGGGAAUGGGCCGAUCAGGGUGCUGCUGUGGUCAGUCUUCUCCCCAGAAAGCCCAGACCUGGACUUGCACCUGGGCCCUGACUUCCAGGGCUUCAGGUACCUGUAUGGCCGAACGCUCACUCCAGAGCAGCCAGGGGGUCCCCAGAAGGAGGUACACAUGCUAUGGACACCAGUGCCCUCAGCCCUGACCCUUGAUGAAGGCGAAGAGACCAGGAUUUGGGACUUCCUGACCGUGGUGGGUGGCAGCCAGAUGGAAGCCCAGGCCUGCCUCACUGAGGCCCUAGAGCUGCAGGCCAGGGAUUCUCUGUAUGCCACCCAUGCGCAGGCUUGGGCCCAGUUCUGGGAAGGCUGCAGUCUGGAUGUGACAGGGCCCCUCGCUCUGCGCCAGGCUCUCCGUAGCUCCCUUUACUACCUGUUCAGUGCCCUGCCCCAUCCUGGGACCUCAGGACCCAUCUGCCAUGGCCUCAGCCCUGGAGGCCUCUCCAAUGGAAGUCAAGGAGAGUGCUACUGGGGCCAUGUCUUCUGGGAUCAGGAUCUCUGGAUGUUCCCAAAUAUCCUGAUGUUUCACCCAGAGGCUGCCAGGGCCCUCCUGGAAUACCGUGUCCGAACAUUGGGUGGCGCCCUGGAGAAUGCCCGGGCCCUGAACUACAAGGGAGCUAAAUUUGCCUGGGAGAGUGCAGACUCUGGCCUGGAGGUCUGCCCUGAAGACAUCUAUGGGACCCAGGAAGUCCACAUCAAUGGGGCAGUGGUACUGGCUUUCCAGUUGUACUACCAUGCCACCAAGGACCUGCAACUCUUCCGAGAAGCUGGUGGCUGGGAUGUGGUCAGUGCCGUGGCUGAGUUUUGGUGUAGCCGUGUAGAGUGGAAUGCCAGUGAGAAUAAGUUCGACCUGAGAGGAGUUAUGCCCCCUGACGAGUACCAUGCAGGAGUCAGUAACUCUGUGUACACCAAUGUCCUGGUCCAGAACAGCCUGCACUUUGCUGCUGCCCUGGCACGUGACCUGGGUGAGCCUAUCCCUGAUCAGUGGCUGGUGGUGGCUGAUAAGAUCAAGGUGCCCUUUGACCCUGAGUGGAACUUCCACCCUGAGUUUGAUGGAUAUGAGCUUGGUGACGAGGUAAAGCAGGCUGAUGUUGUGCUUCUGGGAUACCCUGUCCCCUUCCCCUUGAGUCCUGAUGUCCGAAGAAGAAACCUGGAGAUUUACGAAGCUGUGACAUCCCCUCAGGGCCCUGCCAUGACAUGGAGCAUGUUUGCUGUGGGCUGGAUGGAGCUGAAGGACUCAUCGCGGGCACAGGGCCUUCUAGACAGGAACAUCAUCAAUGCCACUGAGCCCUUCAAGGUGUGGACGGAGAAUGCAGAUGGGUCUGGGGCUGUAAACUUCCUGACAGGCAUGGGAGGCUUCCUGCAGGCAGUGCUGUUUGGAUGUACAGGCUUCAGCUCUCUCCACAGGAUCACCUGUGAAGGUGUGACCUUUGACCCUCUUUGCCUGACGGACAUCUCCAGAGUGUGUGUGUCUGGCAUCUUUUACCAGGGGAACAGGCUCAACUUUACUUUCUCCAAGGAAUCAGUGACAGUUGAGGUUACGGCCCAGGCAUGGCCCAGGGCUCCUCAGUUGGAGGCUGAGCUAUGGCCUUCGGGAGUUCAGAUCCCCCUCUUGCUGGGGAACCAAGUCUCAUUUCCUUGCUCAGCUGGCCGGAUACAAAGGUCAUCCCCAUAGCUGCCCUGAAGCUCUAGCCCUAAGUCUUCUAGAAGAGUGUUUUGAAGACCUUGGAUCCUACCCCAGCCUCACAGUCUCUCCCUGGAGCUUAGCACCCAAAAAACCAGAGUGCCAGCCUCAGAGACAUCCUAGGCCUCUCCUGAAACCACUACUGCAUGCCCCCUUGCCAACCUUCCCCCAGCCUGAGCUCGUCCGGACAUGGAGCCACACAGUCUGUUUGCCCUUGGACUGAUUGUGACACCCCCAUGCCCUCUGUGGUCCCUGAUCUCUAGACUUUUCUGGUCACAUGAGUGGCAGGGUGUGAGUCUGGGGAAAGGGUCAUAGCCACCUGCAGAACCACCAAAGACUGGGUGUCAGGCCUUGGUGUGGGGGAACUUGAAUAAAAAAUGAAUGGUUAAACUGUGGGGCAAAGCCACAUGGGAUCUGUGGAAAGUGAAUGGUUAAACAGAUUAGUGAAGCA